GAAUAAUGUUUAUUAUUUGGACGACACACACAUUAAUGAUCAGGAUGGUGAACCGAUGCAGACUGACGUAAAUUCUUCUACAAUCUCAGACAAAAAAGUAGUAACAAAUGAUAUCAAUUGUGGACCGAAUUAUGAUCAAAUGGAAGAUUAUAAGGGUCGACCUAAUGUUAAUGACGUCAUUGCUUAUAAGGAGGCAAAGAUUAUAGACUUCGAUCCUAUUUCACAUCAAGUAAUUCUUAAACAUCAAAACUUAAAUCGGCACCGUAAAGAAGAAACAAGCUCGGAUCAAGCGAAUUCAUCUCGUAAUAGAUUCCAAAUUAUAGAUGUAGAUGGUGAAUUCGCGUUCGAAGGGCAUGAAUCAAUACCAGAAAUACUUAACAUUAAUUGGAAUGAUUUGUGUUCGGUCAAGAAGGUUGUAGCAUAA